AUGUCCGAGACGAUCUCCAUCCACGCUCCAGCAGACUUUCAUGUUCAUCUACGACAAGGCUCUAUUUCAGACCUCAUCGUACCUCAUGUCCGCAAGGGAGGCUUUGAUUUGGCAUAUGUGAUGCCCAACCUCAAACCCCCAAUUACAUCGACAGAACAAGCUCUGAAGUACAAGGAAGACCUUGAGCGCAUCGACCCCAAUGUCGAAUAUCUCAUGACCUUGUAUCUCUCUCCAGAGUUGACUCCGGAAGAGAUCAAGAAAGCCGCUGCAGCUGGGAUCGUCGGUGUCAAAUCAUACCCCAGGGGUGUGACUACCAAUUCGGAUGGAGGCAUCGAAUCCUACGAAACCUACUACCCCAUCUUCGCUGCCAUGGAACAAGUUGGCAUGGUCCUCAACCUUCACGGUGAAGUGCCUUCGGAUGCCGCUGCCAACAUCCACGUCCUCAAUGCCGAGCCCACCUUCCUCCCCCACCUCUUCAAAAUCCACGAAGCCUUCCCUAAACUCCGCAUCGUCCUCGAGCACGCUACCACUCGCGCAGCUGUCGAAGCUGUGAAGAAAUGUGGACCUACCGUCGGUUGCAGCAUCACUGCUCACCAUCUGGCUUUGAUUGUAGACGAUUGGGCGGGUCAGAGUUGGAAUUUCUGCAAGCCCGUGGCCAAGUACCCAGAUGACCGGGAGGCACUCAGGGAGAUCAUUCGUGAAGGACACCCCCGAUUCUUCUUGGGCUCCGACUCCGCCCCUCAUCCUCCCGAGGCCAAAUCAACAAGCAGCCCGACCCACGCUUGCGCAGCUGGUGUUUACACUUCUCCCAUCCUCCUCCCUCUCGUAGCCCACCUCCUCGAAUCCUUCGGUGCCCUCGACAAACUCGAAGGCUUCGUCAGCACUAAUGGACGAAACUUUUACCAGCGACCAUUCUCGGCUCAGAAGCCAACUGGACGGGAGACGGUCACCCUUAAACGGGUAUCCGCAAAGAAGGUCGACGAGCAGUAUAUCAACGGCAACGAUGCCUUGGUACCGUUCUGGGCUGGGAAGGAGAUCAACUGGGAGAUUGCUUGAGGAUAGUUGGAGAGGUUGAUUUAUGGAAGUGUCUAUUGUGGUAUGUCAAAAAAACGGACAAACCUAAUUAGUAGGUAGGACGACAAUCUAAAUUGUAGUAUAUAUUUCUAGAGCUUGUAAACAUCCUGGGAUUUGAAGCCCAGUU